AGUGUGGCAUCGCUGCAGUUGACACCGCUGCUGAUACAGCUGAGGUCGCAUCGCUUGCUCGCAGCAUUAACCUGCAUCGCUGAGGAGGUGACGGGAGGUGACGCGUGCAACAGAGGUGACGCAUCCAACAGCUAGACACCGAUGCGCAGCAUCAUGCGCUACUACCUCGCCGCGUCGCUCGCGCGCUCGGCAAUAGCAUUAGUGCGGCCCGUGCCGAGGAGGCGGUUCUCGUUAGCAGCAACAAAAACCGAUGAAAGUAGGGUCGCGAUCGGGGAAGUGGUGCUGACGGAGCCGGGCGUCGCGGUCAUAAGGGAUACGGCGGGUGUCGGCGGGGCCGACGUGGUCGCGGGCAGCCGCUUGGAGUUGGGGAACGGAAGACGGGGCACGGUCGUGCUGACGCGGAGCCCGCUCUGCGUCGUGUGUCUUGAUGAUGAUGGCGACGACGCGGGCGUCGACGACGCGACGUUAGCCCUGAGGCGCAUGGCCUUGAGAUCCGGCGAGUCGGGCGGCGAGGCCGACGCGUUCAUGGUCGGCGAGAUGGAGAACAGUGUGGACGUCACGAAGCUCGCCGGACGAGUCGUCGACGCCUUCGGUUGUGCCGUCGACGGCCAAGGUGCUGUUGCAGGAACGUCCUACAAGAUCUUCCAGGAGGGUUUGGAGCAGGCCCAGAUGGCGCCCAUCGACGAGUUCGUGAGCGUGGGCGUCCCGGCCAUCGACCUGAUGACGCCCCUCGGCAAGGGCCAGAGCGUGUUGUAUGUGGGCCCGCCCGAGGCCCGCUCUUCCCUAAGGAGACUGGCACGCGUCGCCGUCGCGGCGCAGUCCCCCGACACGGUCAAGAUCUACGCGGGUCUCGACGAAGCGGGCAAUAAGCGCUCCCAGAAGAAGAAGUUCUGGGGAGAGACGGGCAUCGUGGCACCUAGGAAAAGGGCGUCGGCCUUCGCGUCGGAAUGCGAGGCCGUCCUCUGCGCCCACGCGGCGAUGGCGCACGGCGCCGAGGCCAUGGCGCAAGGCAAAGAUGCGUUGGUCGUGUUGGACGGCUUCGAGCCGCUCGUGGACCUGUGGACGCGGUCGACAUCAAUCCUGGCGGAGCGGUUCGGCGCGGAGAACGUGGGAUUGGGGGACGACUCGGAAUGUAGAGCGUUCUUUUCCGCAGUCCUCCAAAGGGCGGGCAACAUGCAGGGCGGCGGGUCCCUCACAGUCGUCGCGCUGACGGCGGACGAGCCCCCGAAGGAGGAGGAGGUUCUGUCCACCGAAUCCUACACGCUCGACCAGUUCCGGGCGGCGGGCGCGCGCAAGUCCAUCAUGGACCGCCUGGAGGCCCUCGACGCGCGGGGCAUCGCCAUCACGGACGACAUCCUGGGGAAGAUCGGCGUCGCGGCGCCGAACACGAACAAAAGACCCGACGCGCCCGGCACGAAGCGGCGGUCGGAGGCCUGCGAGAUGCUCACUUCUAUUGGCGACGCGCACGUCGAGGUCAUGAGGAAUGAGAAGGGCGUCUGCGACGUCGACGCGUCGGCGUCUCUACAAAGAGUGGGCGUCGGCGCCGACGUCGGCACGGACACGCGGCCGCCGGCGCUCGUCACGCUGGGCGUGGGCAACCGUUUACGGUUGGAGCUCGCCGCGGCGACGAACGUGGAACGAGAGCGCGUCAACGAGGAGGAGGCGGCCGACGAGCAGGCCCUCGUGCGCGCCGCGGCGUGGCGGGCGGCGCUGCGCGUCGGCGCCGACGACCCGCCGCGGUCGCUUUCCAGCGUCUGCGGCGUCGCCGUCGCCGUGCAGCAGGGCCUCUUCGACGGCGUUUCUGCCGAGGACGCGUCGGUCAAGGUCGACAAGCUGCUUGCGGCGCUGCCGGAGACGUCCGUGGACGCGACGAAGGCGCUGUCCGACGCGGACCUGUCGGCGCUGAAGGCCGCGGCGGUGGAGGCGUUGGAGUCAUAA